AUGACAACGUCUACUACUACUACUUCUACUACUACUACCAAAAUUUUUUCUAAUAUCUCUUCUACUACCGUAAAACUUGAUUGCUUCUGGCUUCAGCGAUCAUUUAGUUAUCCAGCUGGUACAUAUGAUGGGAACUGCUGUAACUCUAAUUCUGUAAACUUUAUGGAUAAUAGAGAUCAGUCGUGGGCCGCUGAACAUUCAGAAGAUGCCAGAGUAGAAUAUGUAAAAGAACUUCGAGAGCAAGGAUUUUGUGAAGCAGUUCAAUUCUUGGAUGGAAAAGACCCAGAUUGGAGAUUGGGUGAUAGAGUAAUAAAUGUUAGAUGGGCAACUAGAAAUUACAAAUGUGGAAGUUUCAUUGAGUUCGAUAUGAGAACGUCGACUACUACUUCUGCUACUACUACCAAAAUGUCUCCUAAUAUCUCGUCUACUACCGUAGCACUUGAUUGCUACUGGCUUAAACGCUCGUUUAGUUAUCCAGCUGGUACAUAUGAUGGAAGCUGCUGUAACUCUAUUUCUGUAAAUCUUAUGGAUAACAGAUAUCCGUCAUGGGCCACUGAACAUUCAGAAGAGGCCAGAGUAAAAUAUGUUAAAGAACUUCAAGAGCAAAGAUUUUGUGAAUGCAGAGGAGAUGACACGGACGAAACAUACUUUUCGGUUCAAUGUCCAUUAGUUUUAAAAUCAGAUUGCAACUGGCUUGGAACUGUAGUUGAUUAUUCCUAUGAAAAUCAAAACUACAUUUAUCACUGUGAAUGCUGUAAUAGUGGUUCCAUUGAAUACUUGAACAAUUCCCAUUCCGACUGGAAGAGUGCCGUCAUUAAUAAGAACAAAAUAGGCGAAUAUAUCCAAGAGUUAAAUCGUACGGGCCAUUGUGGCGGAGUUUCUACCACUCCAUCUACCACUACUACAAUCCGCACAACCACUGAAACGACUUCCAUUUCCACCACUUCGAGCUCUCUCAACUGUGGAGUUUUCAAGAAUACCGAGUGUUGUACAGAAAGUGUAACAAAAUGUUUGGAAGGAAAGCAGACCGAUUGGCUUUCGUUGGAAACCGGCUAUGAAUCCCAAUUGAAAGAGUGCGACUGUGAGCUCUCGACUACUUCCACUACGACAUCAACUGUUAGCACCGAAACUACGACCACAAUAUCGAAGUUCAACUGCUCGUGGUUGUCUGUCCCAUUCCAAGACGAUAGUAAUGGAUGGUCUACGCCGUUCUCCUAUAACGGAAGUUGUUGUUCGAAAACUGCCGUGAAUACUCUCAAAGAGAAUCCUGGCAAGUGGAUACUGGAUAGUACAGAUGUUUGGAUCAAAAGGAAUUACCUGAUGAAUUUGUUAUAUUGCACUGAAGACGCUUGCACGUAUCCACCAAGAUGGGAAAAUUGCUCAUUAACAAUGACAUCAUCUUCCUCUACAACAUCCCCUACAACGACUACUCCUGUUUUGUCAUCGUCGCCAGCAACUACAACUGACUCCACCACUUCGAGUUCCGAUUCAACAAGCACUGAUGCAUCGUCCACAAGUCCCACGGAUAUAUCCACAACAUUGAAGAACACUGGAGAUAAUCGCAAAAAGACAACUUUGGAAACUACGACAGCGACUGAUUCGACCACCGAUUCGGAUUCUACCACACCUUCUGAAACCACAAUGUCUUCUGAUUCCACAUCAUCUGUUUAUGAAUCUUCCACUACGAAUGAUCCUGAAGUCUCUACUAGUCCAACUACUAGUUCUUCUACAACUAGAACAACUGCUAAUGAUACUGACGUCACAACAACCGCUACCAUUGGCUCAUUGUCUUCCACAACUGUCGUUACUACGGCUGAAACCACGGUGACGACUACGUCAUUACCUGAUACAGCCUCGUCUGGAAACAGUACGACUUUUGGAGGCGCAACUGCUUCAACCAUGGCCCGCUCUUCUGAGACUACCACCACAAUAACGAUCACUACGAAAAGCACAAACGGAAGCACAGAGACCACUCUGACAACUCCAACAACAACUGUCACGACCUCUUCAAACUCAACAACCACCACGUCAGGAGCACAGACCAAUGAAACAUUAACGCCUUCUUCAUCUACGUCUAGCCCGUCACCAUUGCCUUCCAGGACCCCAACAACGUCUGGAACUGAACAAAACACCUCUGGCACAACUGUUUCUUCUUCAUCUCGAAUCGUCAGUACUACCAUCUCUACAAAACCUGGAACAACCACCAACGUUGAUGGUGUCUAUUUCCGUAAUACUACCGUGCAACUCUUUGAGAAUUGUACUCAGUUAACCCAAGAGCAAGUCUACUUCGUCAACGGUACAAGGCUCCGAAAUGAUACUGUGGAGUUUAAUGCAUGUAGCUCUACUUCACCACUCACAACUCCGAUUCCAACCACUACCUUUAACUGGCCAACCGGAACCACACGGAUUCUGCCAUCUGGUGAAAUUGUACUAUCGGAGGUUCUCCAAGCUUUUCCAAAUUGCACGACUGUUCUCAUGCAGUUGAUUUUCAAUUCAUCAACUAACGAGACACGAACAGAGGUUUCUUCUAAUCCAGAAGGAUGCAAGACCACCUUCUCUUCUUCCUAUGUGACGUCUCCAAUGACUACACCGACUCCAUCUACAACUGCAAAGACUACAACUUACAAUUGGCCAACUGGCGGGACUACUAGAAUUUUGCCAAGUGGAGAAAUCAUCAUUUCGGAAUCUCUAAUCGCUUACAAAAACUGUACCACCGUUCUAAUGCAGCUAAUAUAUACUCCAUCGACCAAUGAGACUAGAACUGAAACGACAGUGGACGAACAAGGAUGUAAAGCCUCUUCAACCACCCUCUCUACUUCGAAGUAUUCGACAACUCCGAUGCUCACAACUAAGCCAACCCAAUCAACAACAGCAAGAACAACCACUUUCAACUGGCCCACUGGAGGAACUACUCGUGUUUUGCCGUCUGGAGAGAUUAUCCUCUCCGAGUCUCUGAUUGCAUACAAAAAUUGUACUACUGUCCUCAUGCAGCUUAUAUACAACCCGACGACCAAUGAAACCAGAACUGAGACCACCACAGAUGCGCAAGGAUGCAAGGCCUCUUCAUCUUCCACCUCUUCAAAAGUGACUACUACUCCAAUGUCAACAACAGUCAAAUCUACGACUCCAGCAACCACAACCUUCGCAUGGCCCACGGCGGAACAACCCGCACAUUGCCGUCUGAUCCUCUCUGAGUCUCUGAUUGCAUACAAGAACUGUACUACUGUACUCAUGCAGUUGAUAUACAACCCGAAAACAAAUACGACAAGAACUGAAAGCACGUCGGAUGCAGAAGGAUGUAAGGCCACCACUACCACAACAGCGCCAUCAGUUAAAACCACCACAUAUAACUGGCCAACCGGAGGGACAACUCGUGUGCUACCAUCUGGAGAAAUCAUAAUCUCGGAAAGCUUGAUAGCUUACAAAAACUGUACCACUGUACUAAUGCAGCUGAUUUACAACCCAUCUACCAACACCACCAGAACCGAGACAACAGCUGAUGCUCAAGGAUGUAAAGCCAGCUCGACGACCCCAUACUCCGUCAAUAACACCUCUCCCAUGACCACCUCAAAACCCACUAGCUGUGCUUAUCCGGACCUGGACUUAACCAACACAAUCCGUCCCACUGAGAAGGAAUUGAAGACAUCUUACUCAAUUGGAGAGCAAUUAGUUCAUAUUUGCAAGAAGUACUAUGCUUUUGAGAUUGCUGGACAGCCAUUCAAACUCUAUCAGUGCAUGCCAAACGGCAAAUGGGCAGGAGUCCCAGAGAAGUGCAUUGCCGAGGAGAGAACAGAGCUCUGA